AUGUUUCAGGCACGUUGGACUGCAAUAAACCAGACGAUAGACGAAACUCCGGAGCCCAUAAUAGUCCCUAAUCAGAAAUAUACCGAAAUCAUAGAGGCCUAUAAUUACGCGCUAGGGCUUAUGUCUAAUGAGCACUGGAAAAAAGCGCAAGAAGUAUUUGAGGGCUUACUUCGCAAAGAGGGAUUUGCCAACAUGUCUGUAGAAAAGUCUGAUGGCGCGAAUUGGUCUCAAGCUGAUGUCUCUGCUCGCUUGUACGUCGCAGUCUGUAAGAAUUAUGCACGAGUAUUAGAGAAGAUGUGGGAGAAGGACCAUGAGGCGUCUGUUGCUC